CAAUGAAGGUGUUUGAUUUGGGGUAGUUCGAGUCAAUCGAAGGUGCGGGAAAUUAUCAACUUUGAUUAGAGUGUAUAUGUGUGUGUCGGCUGUUUAGCCGAAUUGAUGCGCUAUACAGAUCGACCUGUUCAGGAGAACAAUCACCAUCGUCGCUAUUCAUGUGAUGAUCGCGUGACACUGUGUCAUCCCGUCAGCAGUACUUUCAAGAUGACCUCGUCCAGCAGCCCCAUACUCCCAUCAAACGACGUAGGGCCUGUAGGGACACUCCUAUUUUUCUCUCUUCUUAUGAUUGUGUGUCCCAUAUCAACAUUUUUCAUUGUCCGUAGCACACUUGUUCACUUCGCCACUGACAUGUUGACAUCCUCAAUUGCCGCAGCGGUGUGCUCCAUUUUGGCAGUACACGGAGUCGUAGCAAUGUUCGUGUAUAAGGCCUAUCAUGAAAAGGAUGACGGACCUUCACCAGCCCUGGUUGACAAGGACAGCAAGGUUCCACAGAAGAUCGACUAAAUCUACAUCGCGAGGAAAGAACUUGUUCUCUAUAAUAACGCGAAAACGACAAGAGAAAGUUCGACUUUUGUGCUGCCUGGUUUAGAGCCAGAUGUCAUAUUUCACAAGUAUAAACCAACAAAAAUAGUUUGAUACUUAUAUUUCUGAAGCCGGGUUUACAUUCAUAAAGGAAGCACCUGUCUGAGCUGGAAAGACAACUAAUCACAAUACUCUCGUUAACAAUAAAAUACAUUAAACGAGAUAACAAUAUCCUACACAACGCAUAAAUAUCAGGACAUUGACAAGAGGUCUAAUAUAAAUGAUAAAGCCAUUAAUAAAGAUGUUAUAUGUACGGAA